AUGGGUGCGGUGGAGGGCAGGGCCCAGGAGGGCCGCUGCGUGCCCGACGCCGCCGACCACAGCCUGUCGCACGAUGAGUCGCCGCUCUACAAGAGGGUGUAUUUCGGCUGGAUCACGCGCCUGCUCCGAUUGGGCGCGCAACAGCAAAUCGAGGAACGCGACGCAAUGCCGCACCUGAAUCGCGCGGACACGUCAGAUACGCUGGACGCGCUGCUCGACAGGGCCGGCGCGCCCUACGCCGGCGCGCAGGGCGGCCGGAGGUCCAUCGGCGCUGGAAUGGUGCGCGCUUUCGCGCCGAAGAUGGCGCUCCAGUUCGUUUUCGCGUGCGCCGAGAUCGUCGUCCGCAUAGCCGGGCCUAUAUUCCUGAAGGAGUUCCUCUCCUGGCUCCAAGACGACGGCGAGGAUGGCGACAAACCCCCCAUGGCAGAGGGCUGGCUCUGGGGGCUGCUGCUGACGGCGACGAGCUUCGGGAUGAUGCUCUGCCACCACGUGCUCUUCUACAACGGCAUGCGCCUCGGCCAGCGCGCCCGCAUCAUGGCGAUGUCGGCCAUCCACAGCAAAGUGUUGCGCCUAAACACGGCGGCGCUCGCCGGCGUCUCCACCGGGCAGAUCGUCAACCUGGUGUCGAACGACGUCCGCCGCUUCGACGACAUGGGUCCGUUCUGGCCGUUCGUGCUGGUCGCGCCGAUCGAGCUCGUCGUUGUCCUCGUCCUCGUCGCGCUCGAGCUCGGCGUUGCCCCGGCGUUCGUCGGCGUAUCUGCGGUGCUGGCGCUCAUUCCCAUUCAGGGGUCCCUCGUACGCCUGCUCGGCCGGCUGCGGUCCCGCGCGGCGGCCGUCACCGACGAGCGCGUGCGCCUCGCGGGCGAGGCCAUCGCCGGCGCCCUCGCCGUGAAAUUCGCGGCGUGGGAGGCCCCGCUCGCGCGACAGCUGGCGGGGCUGCGGUCCAAGGAGCACAGCGUGCUGCGCAAGCGCGCGCUGAUCGUCGCGACGAACUUCUCCGUCCAGUUCAUGAUCGUGCCGCUCGUGGCGUUUCUCACCUUCACCACCGCGCGCAUGGUCGGAAAGGAGCUUUCGGUUCCGUCAGUGUUCUACACCAUGGCCUUGCUGAACCUCCCGCGGCUGUGGAUGGCGAUCUUCUUCGUCCGCAGCGUCGAGACGCUCACGGAGGGCCGCAUCGCCGUGCGCCGCAUCGACCGGUUUCUGUCGCUCCCUGACGCGCCGGCGCCCAACGCGCUCAAGGGCGGAGACGCGGUGGACGCGUGCGCGAUCCGGGUCCCGCGGUGCGACUUCGACUGGGGGGAGGCCGCGGAGGUGUCCACGCGCGGAGACGCCGCGGAGGGCAAGAGCGCGAAGGGGGGCAGGCGCACGUAUGCCAUCGGGGCCGCGGCGGGCGAGGCGGCGGCGAUGUCGCGGCGCGGACGGUCGAAGAGCGCGAAAUCUACCGCGAGCGAGGAUCCGUGGGCGGCGGCGGCGAGCCAGCGCAGGGCGAACAUCGGCCCCGUGCUCAAGGACAUCGAGCUCACUGUUGCGCGGGGGGAGCUCCUGGGGGUGUGUGGGCCGGUGGGGUCCGGAAAGUCCUCCCUCCUGGCCGGCCUGCUCGGCGAGCUGCCGCCCGCGGGCGACGCGCCGUCCCCCGCCGUCGCCGGCGCCGUCGCGUACUGCUCCCAGAACCCCUGGAUCGUGCAAGGCACCCUGAGAGAAAACGUGCUGUUCGGCGCUGCCGCGCCGGAGGCCCCGCGCGAUGCCGCGGCGUUCGAGGAGCGGUACCGCGCGGCGGUCGCGGCGAGCGCGCUGCCCGCGGACAUCGCGGCGCUCCCGGACGGCGACGAGACAGAGCUGGGAGAGCGCGGUAUCAAUCUUUCGGGAGGCCAAAAGGCGCGGCUCGCGCUGGCGCGCGCGGCGUUCUCGCAGACGGACGUGGUGCUGCUGGACGACCCGCUGUCGGCGGUGGACCCGCGGGUCGGUGCGACGUUGUUUGAGAAGUGCAUCGGUGGGGGGGGGGUUAUGGCGGGCCGGACGCGCGUGCUGGUGACGCACCAGCGGCAGUAUUUGCCGCGGUGCGACCGCGUGCUCGUGUUGCGCGGGGGGCGGAUAGCUGCGCUCGGUCCGUACGAGGAGGUGCGGGGGGCGAUCGAGGACGCGAUCGCUCCGACAUCGGCGACGGAGAAGGCCGCAGGAACGGGCGCGGCGGCAGACGUGGCGGACAUCGCGCCGGAGGCGCUGACGGUGGACGUCCUGGACGACGAGAAGGGCGGGGAGGAUGGGAAGGGGAGCGCGGACGAGGGGGACCGCAGCACGGACGACACGGAGGGGAAGACGGAGGGGAGUGAUGGAGGCAAGGGGGGGAGUGACAGCGCCGGGGACAAGAAGCUGGCCAAGGCGCGCACCGAGCUGGUUCGAGAGGAGAAGACGAUCACGGGGAGCGUGAGCUGGGGCGUGUACUGGGCGUUCGUGGUCCAGAUGGGCCUUCCCGGUGCAUCCGUAGUCUUGAUUUUGCUUCUGGCGGGGCAAGGGCUCGCCAUGUUCCACGAGGUGUGGCUGGCGCGGUGGGCGGACGCGCCGCCGGACGAGCAGGACGAGACGUGGCAGAUCUGGGGCUACGGCGCCCUCACGGCGGGCGUGGUCGUGGCCAGCGUCCUGCGCAGCGGUUUGUUCUUCCUGCUGGCGCUUGGGGCGUCCACGCGGCUGCACGACGAGAUGUCGAUGCGCGUCCUGCGGUCGCCGCUGGAGUUCUUCCACACGAACCCCACCGGCCGCGUCCUCAACCGCUUCUCGAAGGACCAGGGCAUCGUCGACGAACAGAUGCCGAUGGUCUUCUUCGACUCCAUGCAGUCCGGGCUGCUCGUGGUCGCCGCGUUCGGCUUCGUGGCCGUCGCGGUGCCCUUCGUCCUCCCAACACUCCUCCCCCUCGCCGCGGUGUUCUACUUCGUCAGACGGAGGUACCUGGGGGCGUCCCGGGAGGUGAAGCGCUUCGAAGCGACCACGCGGUCGCCCGUGUUCGCCGCCUUUUCCGCGGCCCUCAAGGGCCUGCCCGUCAUCCGCGCGUACCGCGCGCAGCCGCGCUUCCUGCGUGCGUUCGCAGCGAUGCUCGAUUUGAAUGCCAGCUGGUGGUCCUGCUUCAUCGGGACGUCGCGGUGGAUCGGGUUCAAGCUCGACCUCAUCUCCGGGCUCGUGCUGCUGUCGUGCUGCUGCCUGACGAUCGCCCUGAAGAGCAGCGUGUCGUCGGAGCUCGUGGCCGUGAUGGUGGCCAACGUCCUGCAGCUCAGCGGGCUGAUGCAGUGGGCCGUGCGGCAGACGGCGGAGCUGGAGAACCACAUGACCAGCACGGAGCGGAUGGUCGAGUACGCCAACCUGCCGCAUGAGGCCAAGUGGGUGUCGGAGGGCGCACGGACCCCCCCAGAGGGCUGGCCCGGGGCCGGGGUCAUCGAGUAUCGGGGGGUGUCGGCGCGAUACCGUGCGGGACUCCCCCUGGUGCUGCGGGACCUGACGUUCACGAUCCCCGGCGGCACGUCCUGCGGCGUCGUCGGGCGCACGGGCUCCGGCAAGUCCUCGCUGAUGCUCACCCUCUUCCGUCUAAUUCACAUCACUCAAGGAAGUAUGCGCAUUGACGGAAUAGACACCGCGACGCUGGGGGCGGACGCGCUGCGGCGGCGCAUCUCGAUCAUCCCGCAGGACCCGACGCUGUUCUCGGGGACGCUGCGGCUCAACCUGGACCCGUUCGGGGCCAAGGGGGACGAUGCGCUGUGGGCAGCACUGCGGGAGGUGCAGAUGGGGGAGGCUGCGGAGGCGAUGGGCGGGCUGGACGCCCCUGUGGCCGAGCACGGGGACAACCUCUCCGCGGGGCAGCGGCAGCUGCUGUGCCUCGCGAGGGCGCUGCUGCAGGACGCGAGAAUUGUGUGUUGCGACGAGAUGACGUCAGCGGUGGACGGGAAGACCGACGCGCUGGUGGGCGCGGCGCUGCGGCGGGUGAGCCAGGCGCGGAAGUGCACCAUGCUCGUGAUUGCGCACCGGAUCGACACCGUGCUGGACCUGGACGGCCUGCUUGUGCUCAGCAACGGCAACCUCGUGGAGCGCGGCGUGCCGAAGGAGCUGGCCGCCGACCCCUCCACGGCGUUCGGAGGCAUGGUCGAGGCGGCCCGUAAGGUCCGGGAAGGCAAGCGGGGCGCCUUGUGA